GAUCUGGAGCUCCCGAGGCAGGAAUCUCUGGAUAAAUUCUGAGGAGACAAGGGGAGAGGAGGGUAUCAGCCCUGAAGAGCCUGCUCCUCCCUCCUGUCUCCUGCCUUCCAACAUUCCUGCCCACCAUGUCUGGGGCUGGUGCCUUCUAGUCACAAUGUCAAGUUCCCUUUAACAGUUUUAAACAUCUGGAUGCUUGGACGGUACAAAAAAUAGUCAUCUUAUUGUUGUAGUUAAUACAUUAUUCAAAGGAACUACACGUCAACCUCAAGGACUGUUGGGAGCAGCCUGUGAGACGAGACCAUGGAUACCCAAGUGCUUGGGGAUUGUUGGAGCCACUGAAGCUCCUAUUCUGAGGCCUGAUUUGCCCCCAGUGUGGUGACCCAGCUCCCCUCACCCCUGCCUCCUGACCCACAGUUCUUUCCAUGAGCCUGGUCCUUUUCCCAUCUCUACCACCUCCACACCAGCCCUCUGGGAGCCCUGAUCAUGGCCUCAGCUCUCUGUUCCCCUGAUGGGCUUGGGUUCUGCCUCUGAGGACCUGUCACCUCCUGCCACGUUAAUCUUAGGUUUUGGAGGGUGUGAUGUUCCCGGACUCCCAGCACCCCUCUGUUCCCCACUGACCUACUCCAGAGCCACAAUGGCUCUUGCAGUGAUCCUUCUGACUGGAGGAAGCCCCCACCCGCCUCCGCCAGCCCUCCCGCCGAAGGGGCCCCAGCUCACCUUCUGGCCCUCCCAUCUUGUCUAUAAUUUUAAUUGCCACCUUUCUUUGGUGUUUUUUGGAAAAUGCUUCUUUGACUUUGGAGUAGGUCCCUUCCCCAAUGGUCUUGCCGAGCUGGUACCCAUUGGAGAGCAGAAAGUCCUCCAUGCUGUGCAGCGUCUCCUUCCUCUCACCCUCUCAGCUCAUGCUGCCUCUGCGAGGCAGCUCUACUCCACCAUAGCCCUUGGCCGGGUCCCUUUCUCCCCAAGGACUUCAUCCACAGCAGCCCCUAUCGCUAGAACAUUCAGCCGCAGAUGGUGGGGAGGGAGAGGGCCAGACAUGUUUAAACUCCAGCCCAAUUGUGAUGUAAAUGUGUGACCCUUGGCCAAAAUGGAUAGUGCCCCUAUCUGCCCUCACCAGCACCGGCACCGGCUGAGCAUCGCUGCGCCCCCACCCCCGAGCCGGGCGGUGAGUUGCAGCCCAGCCCGGCGUGGAGGCGCUCUCCGGGCUGUCCGCGCUGCCCAGAUGCCGGGCUCCUUGUCCUGGACGCCACCGGGUGCUGGAGCCGCCGGCGCCCCCAUCGGGCCGCUGGGGGUCUGCGCCACCCAGGCUCCAGGCGCCAUGGCAGGAACCCACCGGCUUCCUGCUCGCGGUGGGUGUCGGGCGGCGGGAGGGUUCCCUGGCGGGAGGAACGGGUUCUGUGAGGUCAGCACGCCCGGCCCGGGUCACAAUGCAGCCCUCCCCCUCGACGCCCGUGUCCGCACACGCCGCAGACACCUGCCCGGCUCCGCCUGGACCGGAGCGUCCUUCCGCGGCCGGGGCUCAGGCAGCUGCGUCCAGCCUGGGACUGGCCUCGGCCUCCAGCAGAGCGACCCGGGGCCUGGACAUGAGUGCCCAGGAGCCCCCUCAGGGUCGGAGAUUUCCCAUUGAGGCCGGAGACUCCCCUGGCCUUGCCGCCACCCCCGAGUCCCAGGACAACCCAGAGCCGGUCGCUACGGAGCACAACCGGGUCAGGCCGCUUCGCCGCUGCCCGGGCUGCCACUGCCUGACGCUGCUGCACGUGCCCAUCGACGUCUACCUGGCUAUGGGCGGGAGCCCCCGGGCCCGCGCCACCUGAGUGCGCCUAGCACGUCGCGCGCGCCGAGCAUGAGACAAUGAUGCACAUUUUAAAAUAAAGAAUGAUGCACAUUUUAAUAAAGCACAGCAUAAACUGUUCUUUCCACUCCGGGCUGGCCGUGUGUGUCUGUCCCGUCGGAUCGGGCCGCGGACUUCUCUGCUUCAUCCCAAAGUACCUUCCCUGAGGCUGCCUCCUGCCUUGGG